AUGUCCAAGAACAAAUGGCAAGAAUGGCCUCGGGACAAAGCGUGGCACACCAGCCGCAAGGCAUCCGCUUCUUCCUGGUCAUACUGGCAGGGAUCGCAUGCCUCAGCCAAGCCCACUCAUACGAAGGACAAGUUCCCAACGUACUCCCAGGUGGAUGUUGCAAGCGUGGCUUGUUCCAGAGAGGCCAGGGAGGAGGACACUUCGCAGGUGAACAUUCCAGAAGACGACUCCAUCAAGGCGCUUCAGAAGGCGUUGAAUAUGUGCCGACGCCUGGAUGGCAAGCUGAGGAAGCUUCAGGAAUCCAGAGUGCACAAGCAACAACAAUGGGAGGAGUACGAAAGAGCAAUGAGGCAGUCUUUCUUACAGCAGAAACGGGCCUACAAAAAGGACAUGGAGCAGAUCGAAAAGGACGUAGCUGCGACCCAUGCUGCAAAUGUCGAUGCUGCCGAAAAGGUCCGCUUGCUUGCGACGGGAAGUGCGCCGAAACCUCCCACGGUGGAGGAAGAACUAGAUGCGUCGGAUCGUGCCAGCUGGGAUGCCCUUGUUGCAGAGAUGGAGGAGGACUCACCUGGUCCGUCUCAGGAUGCUUUCAUGGCCAAGGCGUUGCAAACAGCCAGCGCUAUGGCUGCCACCUCCCAGGCGUAUCUCGACCAGGUCCAGCCUCGCUUGGCUACUCCCAAGCGCGCAGCCCCCGCCAGCUACACCAGCUCCACUGGACCGGCGUGCACAGAUCCCUACAUGAACAGUCCCUCUCUUUCUGUCAGGGCAAACCUCAAGGACUCAGAGCUGGCAGCCAGGUCAUCGCAGAGCGCGCAGCCUUCUCCCAUGUAUAUGCAGGGCCUGGCGUGCCCGUUGUCACUGGAUUGCAUUGCUUUCUGGAUGUUACAGUGCUAUAUGCAGGGCCUGGCGUGCCCUGCUUUCUCGGAGUGUCAGGCUUGGAUGGUACAGACAUGCAUUUUGGGCCUGGCGUGCCCCGUGUGUUGCCCUUUACGGCCUCUGGAAGGCGCUGUCCUCUCGGAGUGCUGGGCUUGGACAGUACAGUUGUAUUUGCAGGGCCUGGCGUGCCCGUGGUCACUGGACUGCAUUGCUUUCUGGGUGCUACAGUGCUAUAUGCAGGGCCUGGCGUGCCCGAAGUUUUGCCUCUUACGGCCUCUGGGAGGCAUUGCCCUCUCGGAGUGUCAGGCUUGGAUGGUACAGACAUGCAUUUUGGGCCUGGCGUGCCCCGUGUAUUGCCCUUUACGGCUUCUGGAAGGCGCUGUCCUCUCGGAGUGCUGGGCUUGGACAGUACGGUUGUAG